AUGGAUUCAUGUAUUCGAGAGACAUCUGCACGAGCGAUCGCAGCUGAUUUUCUUAUGCGUUUAAGGAAGAAAGGAGGUGAUGAAAAUCGAUUGAAAGUUGCCAGACAACUUUAUGACUAUAUAAAUGGGGAAUUACGUGAUAGCAGUGAUCAGUUUGCAGCGGAAUUUUUUGCAACAUUCGAUGCAAAAGUUGAUCAGAGUGCUAUACAUACGUUGAUGACGAGUUUGGAUAAUGACGAAAGAAAGGCAGGAAUUAUUUUGAUAGCUUGUCUGGUGGAAAAUGCUGGUGAUGAAACAAAACGUGUCCCACGUUUUGCUAAAUAUCUUCUCAAAGCACUAGUACAAGGCGAUGAAGCUGGUAUGAAGCUUGUUGCCAGGGCAAUUGCUUAUUUGAUUCAGACGUCGAAGACAUUCGCUGCUGAGCUAGUCGAAAAAUCCAUUAACCAGGUGUGUGAAUGGCUUGAAGAAUCUGAGCGACAUGAAUCACGUCGUCUUGCUGCUGUUUUUCUGGCAAGACAAUUGGCCUUAUAUACGUCAACAUCAUUUUUUCUGCGUGCAUCUAACUUUUUUUCCAAUAUUUUCAAAGUUAUCAGAGAUCCUAAGGCCACGGUACGAAUAGCAGCUACUAAGGCUUUGCAUGCUGCCCUUACGGUUACAUCACAACGCGAAGCACAUCAGAAAUCUGAAUGGUACUGGCGCUGUUAUGAUGAAGCAAUAAAUUCUUUGAAAUUUGACGGUUUAAAUCGAGAUGAAAGGCAACAUCCCAUGCUUCUGAUACUGAAUGAACUACUUCGAAUUGGUAAUGCACCGGCUGAGCGUCAACGCAUCCUAGCGCUUGGUUGUCAACCACAGCAGAAUGUUCGAACAGUAAUUGGAUCAAAUGCAAUAGAUUGGUUGACGGAGCGCACAUAUUCAGUUACUGUUGAUAGUCGAACUGCUAAUCAGCUUAUUGCAGAAAAAUUUAGUGACAUAUAUCGGGUGUGUAAUCUGGCAUGUACUUCACGUUAUGUUUGUUGCCAAACAACAUUGCUUGAAAUUUUUCCACGUCUUUCAUCAUUUGGAAAGACGCAGAUGGUUACUUCAAAUAAUAUUUUCAAUGUUGAUAUAGCUUCAAUGUUCAAUCAUGCAUUAAAUUUGACUACAAAACAUUCUCCUGCUUUCUUUACUCUUGGUUUGUUGGUACUUGAUCGGCCAAUAGAACUGCUUUUAAAACUACCUCGUCUUUUUGCUGUCAUACAAAUUCAGUUACAAACUGCAACGUACAAGCACAAAGCAGUGGAUGAAUAUGUCUUCUUAUGUUUAACAUUAGUUAUUCGCGCAUUAAAAGAAAAAAUAGAAUCCGAAAUUAAAACGCUAUUGCCGAUUUUAUUGUCCACAGGUUUAUCAAAAGGGUUAACGGAUGUUGCUUAUGAAAUAAUGCAGUCCAUACCUGGAUUGAAAACGGAAGCCCAAGAUGGUUUGUUGAAAGAGCUUUGUCAGCUUUUAAUGAAUCGCAAAUUGCCAAGUAAACUUGAUCCUCCGACAGAACCGCCCAUUCCAGUUGGUCCUGUGAAUGUUACUAAUGUGGCGCUUACAAAUCUUGCUUUAGCUACACUUGGUCGUUUCGAAUUUCAGCGACAUGCACUUCAGAUGUUUAUAAAUUAUAUAGCUCAUGGCUACUUGUCUUCUGAUUGCGUAGAAGUACGUUUAGCUGCAGUGGAUUGCUGCGCCAAAAUGUUGACGCCCUUUGUUCGUGUAUUUGAAUCGUUUGAAUGUGCCAAUAAAAAACAGCGUUUCGAUGUCCUAAAUUUAAUCCAGUCUGUACUUCGACAACUUGUUAUGGUUGCCGUUAUUGAUCCAUCGGUGGAAGUACGCUUGAGAGUUUUGCAGUGUUUCAAAGAUGGGGAUCCACUUCUGUUGUCGCAUUUAGCGCAGGCUGAUAUGCUUGAUUCUAUUUUCAUGACUUUGCAUGAUGAAAAGCUGGAAAUGCAGGAACAUGCGGUAGCGUUACUCGGAAAACUAGGCAGUAUGAAUCCUGCAUAUGUUUUACCCAGUUUACGUAAUGUACUGUUGGAGACACUUAUCCAACUGACGAAUAGUGGUGUGCCCAGACUCGAAGAACAUAGUGCUCGUGUAAUUGCACAGGUUGCUAAGCAGUCUCCAAAAUUUGCAAGGCCCUAUAUGAAUCCGAUACUGACAGCUUUGGUACCAAAACUGAGCUCCGAAAUCAGUCAUGUGGAUGUGACUGUGCAGGUAUUGAAUGCUAUAAGUGAAUUGGCAGUUGCGGGUGGUGCUGAUUUGGUAUUUUCAGUAGAAACUCUGUUUCCCUCGUUGGUGCAAUUUUUGCAAGAUUCCAGCAGUUUAAGUCGCAGAGAAGCUGCUUUGCGCACAAUGGGACAGCUUUGCCAGAAUACUGCAUAUGUCGUUGAUCCAUAUAAGGAGCAUCCUGAAUUGCUUGAUGUACUUCUGAGAUUGUUACGAACGGAAAUGAGUGUUUCAAUGCGUCGAAUGACCAUGCGGGUUUUGGGUAUUAUUGGAGCCUUAGAUCCUUAUACACAUAAAGUUUUCACUGGCAAAGUUUCUUCUCAAAAGUCGAAUUCGUUGGCUCUGUCAUUACCAGCUACAUCACCAUCCUUGGAUAUGCGGAACGAUACUAUUCAAUGGUUUCACUAUGAAAAGUGUACAUUAGCAGAACUCUAUCCUGCAUUUUCUAUAGCAAGUUUAAUGCAGAUGCUAAGAGACGAUUCACUCAGCCAUUUGCAUCGUGAUAUCACGCAAGCACUACUUACUAUAUUCGGCAGCCUUGGUCCAAGUUGCACUGUCUAUGUUAGCAAGGUUAUACCUCGCCUGAUUGAAGUAAUUCAAACAGCUACUCGACCCGAUUUGAAGCAGUUUUAUUUACAACAGUUGGCUAAUUUUAUUGCGAUAGUUGGCAGUAGUAUGAAACCAUUCAUGUCGAAAUUGUUUAGUUUGAUUAGAGAAUCAUGGUCAGAAGAUGUGAGCAUGCGACUUACUAUUGUUAAUGUCAUGCAACAAAUUGGCUCAGCAUUUGGUGCAUCAUUUGCACCAUAUAUUCCUGAGUUGUGUCCAUAUCUUCUGAGUAUUGUUCAUUCAGAUCGUACGAAGGAUAGAGCCAUCACUUGCGCUGUAUUCACAUGCGUUCAGUCAAUAUCGAUGUGUCUGGCACCACAUAUUCAUCUUGUUUUGCCACCUAUUUUGUUUGUUCUCGAUGAUCGGAGUGUCAAAGUGGAAGUGCGACGGAUUGCUCUGGAUACAGUUUAUCAGAUGGCUGAAACCAUUUGUAUUCGUGACCAUGCACCGAGAAUAAUGCAAGUCUGGUUACGAGUUAUUUCUGUCCAUGCACUACAGCAAAAGUUAUUACUUUUAUUAGUGGUUAUUGUCCGACAGAUGUGGAGACAGUUUCUGGUUUUUCGUAAAAGUGUUGACUAUGCUCUGGCUCGACAUAACUUGCACUGCGACGAAUAUUUAAAGCUUACUGUACAACUUGAUGAGGGAAGCGCUGCAUCUCCUUCACACUUUCCUUCAGUCAGAGUUUCUUCCAGUCAAGUAAAGCAGUUUAGUACAUCCGCUCGUCAUGAAAAAGGACAGCGAAUUAAUUUUGAUGUUUUAAAAAGGACUUGGACUACUGCUCAACUUGUAUCGAAGGAGGACUGGGACCAGUGGCUUGUUCUACUGCGAAUUCAAUUUAUUCGACAGAGCCCUUCCGCAGCUCUUCGCGCAUGUGCUCCUUUAGCCGACGUGCAUAUAUCGCUUGCGAAAGACCUGUUCAAUGCAGCAUUUAUGUCAGUUUGGACAGAUCUGGACGAAAUGCAGCAGAGAGACUUGGAGACGAACCUUAAAUAUGCUCUUGAUUCCAGUAACCAUACUGAUAUCAUACAAACAAUACUUAACCUUGCAGAAUUUAUGGAACAUUCCGAAAAAGGACCUUUACCGGUUGGUAGUGAAAGGCUCUGUAAAUGUGCGGAACAGACACGAGCAUACGCUAAAGCGUUACGGUAUACAGAAUUGAAUAUUCGCGAGAAAUUUAACAGAGAUCCAGAUCCGGAACACUGCCGCUCUCUUAUUACUUAUGCAAACAAAUUGAAUCUCCAAGAAGAAGCCGCUGGAAUUGUGGCAUUUGCUCGACAGCAUAAUAUGGAAAUUGGAAGGCAAGGACGUUGGUAUGAAAAACUGAAUGAAUGGGAGAAGGCAUUGGAGAUAUAUAACAAUGAAACAUUUAUUACUGAUGAGCUAUACGAACAUCAGAUGCGAUGUUUAGAAGCAUUAGGACAGUGGGCUGAAUUAAAUGACUUAGGAAAAAAAGCGUUUGCGGAAGUGGCUGCAGCAGCAAGUGCAACUAGAAGGCAAAAUAUGGCAAUAACUGCAGCGCGAGGUAGUUGGGCAAUCGAAGACUGGGAAACAAUGGAUUAUUAUGUCAAACAGAUUAAUGAAAAUAAUCAAGACGGAUCCUUUCUUCGAGCUGUGCUGGCUAUUCGAAAUGAACAGUACCAUGAUGCAUUGGUUUACAUUGAAAAGGUACGUGACAUGUGCGACACAGAAUUAACAGCUAUGGCAUCAGAAAGUUAUGAAAGAGCUUAUGGUGCAAUGAUUCUUGUACAGCAACUAACCGAGUUAGAGGAAGCCAUUGAAUAUAAAAUGUGGCCUGAUCGAAGGAUUCGAAUUGCUGUUGUUUGGAGUCGACGUUUGCAAGGAUGCCGACCAAAUAUUGAACAGUGGCAGAGGCUGCUGCUGGUAAAAUCAUUAGUGCUUUCACGGAAUGAAAUGCGCCCACUGUGGAUUAAAUUCUCAUCACUUUGCCGACAAUAUGGGAAGCUAUCAAUGUCACGUCGAAUUUUGGCAGAUUUAUUAGGACUAAAACGAAAUGAAGAAUUACACGAAAUAUCAGAUUUACCAAUGGAUAAACCUUCAUUGGUGCUGGCAGUUUGUAAACAAUAUUGGGCAGAAAACUUGAAUGAACUAGCAUGCAAUACAUUGGAAAAGCUGAUUAAUCAAUUUGAAGUCGACAAGAGAGAAGUCAAGAAAAAUUCGGAGAUGUGCCGUUUGAUGGCAAAAUGUUGUUUAAAACUUGGUGAUUGGUACGAUAUCCUACCGCAGCCAACCAAAGAUAUACAAACUAUGAACAUAAAUGUCCAACAAUCAUUACAACCUAUUAGCAUCUCUCAACAAUCACCGACUAAUUCAUCCAUUAUGAUUAAUGUACCACCACUACUUCUACCUAGUAGUUAUGUCCAGAUUUCUCCGCCACCAGUAAUUCCACCAAGUUCACAUGUGAUGCAAUCGUUACAGUCCAGUUUAUCACAAGCUCCUUUGACGCAAACAAUGAAAUUCUAUGCAAAUGCUACAGUUUAUGAUCCAACUUGGUAUAAAGCAUGGCAUAAACUUGCGUCUGCGUACUUUAAUGCUGCUAUGUAUCAGACACAAAAUUCGUUUUCGCCGGCACCACCACCACCGCCUUUUAUCGGUGCAAUGCCAAGUUCUCCCUCCUACAGCCCCUUUGGGAGCAUUAUUGAUCGAGAUAUUUUAUCAGAUAUUUUGAUACCAGAACUUUAUCCACAGCCGCCGCCUUCUGAUGCAGUUAUUGUAAAUCCACCUUCUCCAGCACCUAAUAAGGCGAUGAUCUUUUUUGCAAAACAGGCUGUCUCAAGCUUUAUUAAUGCUGUUACCUUGGCUGAAGGAUCACGGCUAGAAGAUACACUGCGAUUUCUAACUUUAUGGUUCAAACACGGUGAUCAAGUUGAAGUUUUUGAAACUAUCAAAGAAUCGCUGAAGCUGUUGCCCGUUGAAAUGUGGCUCGAGGUUAUCCCACAAUUGAUGGCACGUUUAGAUUCGAAACAAAAUGUCGCUCAGUUAAUCAAAGAAGUUGUCAUCGACUUAUCGAAAGUUCACCCACAGUCUUUGGUUUAUGCCCUUACAGUGGCUGCGAAAUCGGCUAAUUUACGCCGUUCUGCAGUUGCAACAGAGAUAUUAACGAUUAUGAGCGAUAGCCAAUCAACACUUGUUGAGCAAGCAAGGCUUGUCAGUGACGAAUUGAUUCGUUGUGCUAUACUAUGGCAUGAACAGUGGCAUGAAGCACUCGACGAUGCGUCGAGGCUUUAUUUUCAGGACAAGAAUGUAAAAGCUAUGUUCGACCUGUUGAAACCAUUACAUGACUUGAUCGAUCGUGGUGCUACUACUCUGAAGGAACAAUCUUUCAAACAAACGUAUGAGAAUGAGUUGAAGGAAGCUUGGAAUGCUUGUCGUUGCUAUUUACGUUCACAGAACGCCAAAGAACUCAAUCAAGCAUGGGAUCUCUACUACAUUGUAUUUAGGAAAAUCUCAAGUCAGCUUCGUCAGCUUACAUCUUUGGAUCUCAAUUACGUUUCUCCUAGGCUGGUGAAAGCUAGAGAUUUGGAACUAGCAGUUCCUGGAACAUAUGAUCCAAGUGCUCCAUUGGUUACUAUAUCCUCGAUAAAUAAUACUUUGCAAGUAAUUAAUUCAAAACAACGACCAAGAAAAGUAGUUAUGAAAGGAAGUGAUGGGAAAGAUUACAUAUUCCUCCUGAAAGGUCAUGAGGAUCCUCGGCAAGACGAGAGAGUGAUGCAGCUGUUUGGUUUGGUCAAUACCUUGCUCUUACAUCAGGGUGAUACAUCUCGCCGAAAUUUGACAAUUCAACGCUAUUCAAUUAUUGCCUUGAAUCAGAAUAGUGGUUUGAUUGGUUGGGUGCCGAACUGUGAUACUUUACACUCGCUUAUUCGUGAUUAUCGGGAAAAGAAGGGGAUUCUCUUAUCUAUGGAGCACAAAAUUAUGCAAAGUUUUGCUCAUGAUUUGGACCAGAUGACUUUAUUGCAAAAAGUUCAGGUAUUCCAUCAUGCACUUGAAAUGACGAGUGGAAAUGAUUUACAACAGAUUUUGUGGCUUAAAUCUCCAAAUUCGGAAAUUUGGUUUGAUCGGCGUACCAAUUACACUCGCUCAAUGGCAUGUAUGUCAAUGGUGGGCUACAUUUUGGGACUUGGGGACCGACAUCCGUCAAAUCUAAUGCUCGAUCGCAUUAGUGGGAAAAUUGUUCAUAUUGAUUUCGGUGAUUGCUUCGAAGUUGCAAUGACCAGAGAAAAGUUUCCGGAAAAGAUUCCAUUUCGACUAACAAGGAUGCUCAUUCAGGCGAUGGAAGCUACAGGAAUUGAGGGUAAUUAUCGGAUAACCUGUGAGCGUGUUUUACGGGUGCUUCGUUCAAAUAAGGAAAGCCUUCUUGCAGUCCUCGAAGCAUUUGUGUAUGAUCCUCUUAUCAAUUGGAGGUUGAUGGAAGCUGGUGGAAGGCGACCACCUCCCGAAACACUUCAGAAGGACGGUCAAACUGAUUCCAAAGCUGAGUCAUCUCUAAAGCGUAUCAAGCAGAAAUUAGCUGGCCGUGAUUUUAAUCCAAAUGUGGAAUUCAGUAUACCGGAGCAAGUUAGUCUGCUCAUUGAACAAGCAGUCUUAGCGGAAAACUUGUGUCAGUGCUAUAUCGGCUGGUGUCCAUUUUGGUAA